AUGUGUCCAUCAGGAACCGCCUCGGGCCGUCGUGAAACAACCGGAAAACCCAAUUUGCGAUCAGCAUUCGAUGUUCUUGACGUCGAUAGCGACGGAAAGAUUAGCCAGGACGAUCUACGGGCUUUUUACGGAGGAUUUUCGGGCCCCGGGGAUUCUAACGAGGAUGAUAUAAAGUCUAUGAUAUCUAUGGCGGAUCUUAACGAGGAUGGAUUUGUGGAAUAUGAAGAAUUUGAGAAGGUUGUGAAUGGGAAAAAUGGUAGAAAUGGGAGACGGGGUGUUAUGGAGGAUGCUUUUCGGGUUAUGGACAAAGAUGGAGAUGGGAAAGUGGGCCGUGAGGAUUUGAAAAGCUACCUUAAAUGGGCCGGGUUUGAGGCCUGUGAUGAAGAUGUUGAAGCCAUGAUCAGGUUGGCUGGUGGUGAUGAAAAUGAUGGGGUUUCAUUUCAGGGUCUUCUCAAGGUUUUGGCUUUUUGA